GCAACGGGAUUGUAGCAGACAUUCCUCAAGUUUAUGAGUUAGAUUUAGGAGCUGAAUGGUUACAGCAGCUCUGCCAAGUUCAGAUAAGGAAAGAAAUGUCGCUAAGGCAUGUCACAAGGAGAUAGAGCAGCCUUUGAACAAGUUUGCCCUUUAUGUCCCUGUCUCAGUAUGCAAUCCCCAUGGAUGUCCUACCCAAAUCUGUUACUGUCCGUGGGUUGGGUUUGUGCAUGCCCUGGGGUAAGCAGCAUUGUUCUUGCAGGGACACCAAAAAGUUCUCUUCCACUGACCCAGAUCAUUGAUCAAGCUUGUCAAGAGGCAGAAGCUUACAAGGAUGCUGGAGUUGAUGGUUUGAUGGUGGAGAACAUGCACGACGUGCCGUACACGGUGUGCCCGGGCCCCGAGGUCACAGCUGCCAUGGCAGUGCUGGCUGCUGCUGUGAGACAGAGCUGUCCCCGUGUCCCUCUGGGUGUCCAGGUGCUGUGUGCUGCCAACCAGCAGGCAAUGGCCAUUGCUCUGGCUGCAGGUCUUGAUUUUAUCCGGGCUGAAGGAUUUGUGUUUUCUCAUGUGGCUGAUGAAGGGAUUAUAAACGCCUGUGCAGGUGACUUGCUACGAUACAGGAAACAGAUCGGAGCAGACAACAUUCAGAUUUUUGCUGAUAUUAAAAAGAAACAUAGUGCCCACGCCCUGACGGCCGAUGUCAGCGUGGCGCAGACGGCGGCCGCUGCCCAGCUGUUCCUGGCCGACGGCGUGGUGCUGACCGGCACGGCCACCGGCCGCCCCGCCGACCCCCGGCAGCUGCCAGAGGUUAAGCAAGCUGUGAAGAUUCCUGUGCUGAUUGGGUCUGGAGUGACUCUGGAGAACGUGAGGAAUUACUUGGAUGCAGAUGCUCUGAUAAUUGGUUCAUAUUUCAAGAAAGGAGGAUAUUGGGCAAAUGCUGUUGAUCCUGACCGAGUCAAGAAAUUCAUGGAACACAUAAGUAAACUGAGGGAAUGAGUUUGUCAGCAAACACUGUUUGUUUGUGUGUGUUUGUAGAAAUGCAGUGGCCGAAUGGCAAAUUAAAUUAAAGCACAAAUGAGUGGCUGAGUGGCAAAUAACACCAAAUAAAAAUGCACGUCAUCUCCAUAACUGGCUGGGAAACUUGGUGACAUACUUCACAAUAAGCACAAUGUUUGCUUGUAGGCAGCACAUUUCUGUGGUGCUCAAAGCUACCAGCAGUGCAAAACCAACUCUGAAAUCUUGUCUGAGAUAUUCUCUCCUGUAAGUUAAACGCAUAUGGGGGUGAAGAGUUUUUAGAAAAUGUUCAUCACAGGUGAGCUGAGUUCUGUUUUGCCUUUAAGUACACUAGGUUGCCCUAAGUUUAGAGCUAAAAGUGUUGUAAAUUGGACAAGUUAAUUAGCCUUUCAGUUUCCCAUCUGUAAAAUGAUGAUAAUAGCACCUACAUCACACAGGGGCCUUAAGACAUAAUGAAUGAAAGAAUGUACAGCACUUUCAUCUCUCCAAAUGAAGGGCUCUUUUAAAGUUCAAGAUCAUUAUUUUUUCAUUAGAAAUGUGCAUUUAUACAAUUGCUACAUUUUUGUAAUACCACACAAAAAUUUAAGAUAA